AUGGCAAAAAUACCAAUAAAAUUCAAUAGAUUAGCAUCAGCCUUUGAUGAGGCAACACGUGGGCAACGGCCAUGCGACGGUAGCAGCAGCGGCAGCGAGUAUUGGCCUGAGAGUGGGCCCGAUCUCUCGGAUCUUAUAAAUUCAUUUUUCGAGAAAAGUAAUUAUGAUAUAAAUUUAGAUCAUAAUUUCGAUAUUGAAAUUAAUGACAUAAAUGAAAAUAUCGGUAAUGAUUCUGGUGAUGAGUCAGUUGAAGUUAAUUGGGUACCUAAAAAUGACGAGGACGAAGAUGAUAAAGAAAGGAAAGAAUUGUUAGAGAGUUUAUUAUUAGAGUGUAGAAGUAAUAAUAAUAAUGGUAAUAAAAAGAAUGGUAUUAAGCAAAAGAUUUGGGAUGAAAUUGAAGUUGCAUUGAAAUUAUUUAGUGGUAAUUGCAAUUAUAGUGUUAAUGAUGCUUCUAGAAGUAGCCUUAAACGUUUUGUGAUGGCUCAUCUUCGUGACAAGGGCUUUGAUGCUGGCCUUUGCAAAUCUCGAUGGGAGAAAACGGGUCGUUUUCCGGCAGGAACAUACGAGUACAUUGACGUGAACAUACGAAAAACUCGAUACAUUAUUGAAGUAUUCUUAGCCGGAGAAUUCGAAAUAGCACGACCAACAAUUCGUUACACCACGUUACUAGAAAUGAUACCAUCAAUACUAAUCAUAGAAAAAACACAAGUUCUUAAACAACUAAUGAGACUAAUGACAAGCGCAAUGAGGGACUCAUUGAAGCAUGCAAACAUGCACAUUGCACCUUGGAGGCGUAAUGGCUAUAUGCAAGCCAAGUAUGCUAGCCCUUACAAGAGGACGACUAAUCGAGAAUCGAAUUCGAAAAUUGUCAACAAGGACGAAAAAAAAUUAGCCAUGAAAAGGCUUGGUUUUGAAGCUCACAAUCAACUUCCUAAGGUUUCUUAUUUUUGUAGGGAUGAUAUUUUUGGUAGUAAGGUUAAUGGAGCAAGAGUUGGACUUUUGGCUUCUGUUUUUCAAGAUAUUUAAAUGUUAUAUUAUAUGUCGUAUUUAAUAUAUUUCGCUCAUAAAAGUUAUAAUUAGGUGUGGAAAUAGUUGGAUGAUGACAAAUCAUACCCUUAUUAAAAAAGAUAAGUAGAAGUUAGAAGAGAAUUUAUUGUAUGAUAAUUAAAAAAAGUAUUAUUAUUAAGUUUGUAGAUUAAGGAACUUGAUUAAAAGUAUUUGUUUUAGUAGUCAACUAUUUUGAUUGGAGCUUAAUGGAUAGUACUCCAUAUUGCUACCAUUGUAAUGGGUGUGG